CGGCCUGUCCGUCAGGGCCGCGGCCGUUCCCGCAUCGCACGCAAGCCCCAGGCCCCGCCCUCGCCCCGCCCCGCGCCGGCGCGUCCUCCUCGUGGCCCCGCCCCUCCCCCGCCUCCGUCCCGGCCCGGCUCCUAGUGCCUCAGCCUCCGCCCCGGCCCCGUGUCCGCCUCUGUACCCCCGCCCGUCAGGCCCGUGCGCGCGCCCGGCCGAGGCAGCAUGAAGGUGACGGUGGACUUCGAGGAGUGUCUCAAGGACUCGCCUCGCUUCCGGGCGGCUUUAGAAGAGGUGGAAGGAGAUGUGGCAGAACUGGAACUCAAGCUUGAUAAGCUUGUGAAACUUUGUAUUGCAAUGAUCGAUACCGGAAAAGCCUUUUGUGUUGCAAAUAAGCAGUUUGUGAAUGGAAUUCGAGACUUGGCACAGUAUUCCAGUAAAGAUGCAGUAGUGGAGACAAGCUUGACCAAAUUUUCUGAAAGUCUUCAGGAAAUGAUCAAUUUUCACACAAUCCUGUUUGACCAGACACAGAGAUCCAUUAAGGCACAACUUCAGACCUUUGUGAAAGAAGAUCUCAGAAAGUUCAAAGAUGCCAAGAAACAAUUUGAGAAGGUCAGUGAAGAAAAGGAAAAUGCCCUAGUGAAGAACGCCCAAGUUCAGAGAAACAAACAACAUGAGGUAGAGGAAGCCACUAACAUUCUGACAGCCACCAGGAAAUGCUUCCGGCACAUCGCCCUGGACUAUGUCCUACAGAUUAAUGUUCUUCAAUCAAAAAGAAGAUCGGAAAUCUUGAAAUCGAUGUUAUCUUUCAUGUACGCCCACCUGGCCUUCUUUCAUCAGGGAUACGACCUCUUUAGUGAACUUGGGCCCUACAUGAAGGAUCUUGGCGCACAGCUGGAUCGGCUGGCGGUGGACGCGGCCAAGGAGAAGAGAGACAUGGAGCAGAAGCACUCCACCAUCCAGCAGAAGGACUUCUCCAGCGAUGACUCCCAGCUUGAAUUUGACGUCGAUGCAGCCAGUGGCAUCGUCAUGGAAGGCUACCUCUUCAAACGGGCCAGCAAUGCCUUCAAGACGUGGAACAGGAGAAAGCCAGAUCACAUCAGACGCUGGUUCUCGAUACAGAAUAAUCAGCUGGUGUACCAGAAAAAAUUCAAGGACAAUCCCACUGUGGUUGUGGAAGACCUGCGGCUUUGCACGGUGAAACAGUGCGAAGAUGUAGAGAGAAGGUUCUGCUUCGAGGUGGUCUCGCCCACAAAAAGCUGCAUACUCCAGGCCGACUCCGAGAAGCUGCGUCAAGCGUGGAUUAAGGCUGUUCAGACCAGCAUCGCCACUGCUUAUAGGGAGAAAGGAGAUGAGACCGAGAAGCUGGAUAAAAAAUCAUCUCCGUCAACAGGAAGCUUGGAUUCUGGGAACGAGUCAAAAGAGAAAUUAUUAAAAGGAGAAAGCGCUUUGCAGCAGGUUCAGUGCAUUCCUGGGAAUGCCAGCUGCUGUGACUGUGGCCUGCCAGACCCCCGGUGGGCCAGCAUCAAUCUGGGAAUUACCCUGUGCAUUGAAUGCUCAGGUAUACACCGGAGUCUUGGGGUUCACUUUUCGAAAGUCCGCUCUUUAACAUUAGAUACCUGGGAGCCUGAGCUUCUCAAGCUUAUGUGUGAGUUGGGAAAUGAUGUUAUGAAUCGAGUUUAUGAAGCCAAAAUUGAGAAAAUGGGAAUAAAGAAACCACAGCCUGGACAAAGGCAGGAGAAAGAAGCCUAUAUCAAAGCCAAAUAUGUGGAGAAGAAAUUUGUGGAUAAGGAUUCUGCUUUUUCCUCACCUCUGGCUCUGGUCCAGAGUCAAGAGGAGAAGGGGUCCAGCUCUUUCAAGCCAGCCCUUGAAGACCAAGUCAGAACACCAAGCAGAAGCACAGUCAAGAGCAAUGACAGCGGCAUCCAGCAGUGUGCAGAAGACACCAGAGAAGGCCUGUCCUCGGUGGUUUCCGCGAAUAGCUUAUAUGAGCCAGAGGGUGAAAGACGAGACUCUUCAGUCUGCCUUGAAUAUAAGCACUUCCAUCCGGGACUCCAGCUGUACCGAGCUUCCUACGAAAAAAAGCUCCCCCACAUGGCCGAGGCAUUGGCCCACGGAGCCGACGUCAACUGGGCCAAUCCUGAUGAGAACAAGGCCACGCCUCUCAUUCAGGCCGUCUUAGGGGGCUCUCUGGUAACCUGCGAGUUCCUCCUGCAGAACGGUGCCAACGUGAACCAAAGGGACAUCAAGGGGCGCGGGCCGCUGCACCACGCCACCGUCUUGGGACACACUGGGCAGGUGUGCUUGUUCCUGAAACGAGGCGCCAACCAGCACGCCACUGACGAGGAAGGGAAGGACCCGCUGAGCAUCGCAGUGGAAGCUGCCAAUGCGGAUAUCGUGACCCUGUUGCGUUUGGCCAGAAUGAAUGAAGAGAUGCGGGAGUCCGAAGGACUGUACGGACAGCCAGGUGAUGAAACUUACCAAGACAUUUUCCGGGAUUUUUCCCAAAUGGCCUCCAAUAAUCCAGAAAAGCUAAACCGGUUCCAGCAGGAUUCCCAGAAAUUCUGAGUUUUUUAAAGAAGGGAAACCCAGCUGGUGCCCUCUUAUUCUUCACACAGCUGAAAAUGCACAUUUUCCUCCUGCUUUCAUGCCGCUUUUCAGGUUCUCUAGGGUUUUGAACGUGCGAAGGGAAAGGUACAUUCCUUGCCAAUUCCUUGUGGAAACAGUUUUGUGGAUUCUUGCCUCUCCGGGCCUCUGGAGACCAGGAGGGGAAGCCGGGUCGGGGCCUGUUUCAAAAUGGGUGCUCGGAACCUGCUUCUAAGCGCUUCCUGGGCUGAAACAAGGUCCGAGCCCUCUACAGGGGGGUUUCCCAAGCCCCUCUCUUCUUAAAAUGGGGCGCAGCCGCCUUUUCCAAGAGUUGUGCUUGACACAUUCCAUUAACCACAUCCUCACCACCAGCCAAGGCUGGCUCUGUGGCCGGCCUGGGAGGACCUGGGCCUCCUCAUCCCACGUGCAAUAUGUGAUUUUCAAAGUAAGGAAGAAAGUCCCUGCCCCCGGGGGCACCCUCCCAGGGUCCUGGCUCCCGGAGGGGAGAUGCGUGCGUCCUUGGGGUGCCGGCUUUCCAGGCCCUUGCCAGAUUGAGCGAUGCGAUAGAAUUCUUUUCCAAAAAUUACUUGAACAUUUUCAAAAUUAAGCUGUGACCAAAACAUCACCUUCAAAGAAGCCGAAGCCAUAGUGAGCUUUCGGGCUUUGUUCUCGGCCCUGCUCCAAGCGGAGAAGCAGCAGCAAAUGUGUGUUUUUGUCUGUGUCUGGAGAAGUGGGAGCUCCCCGCCCGCCCGCCCUCCGUCCCACCCUCUGUGCAGCGCAGGUGCCGGCUCGGGCCGCGGCUCUGUGCUCCCCGCACGGUCGCAGAACGGGGCGCCGGAUUGACCCUGGUUCUUUUCAUUCCAGAGAUACAGAGCUGUAGCUCUUACCCUUCUUAGCUCAAGUCUCCUUUGUCACGUUCGAUGUCCGGGCAUCGUCUUGUGCGCGCGCGCGCGCUCUCAACGCUUCCUCUGUGUAUGUAGCCACCCCUCGUGUUUAAUCGUCCAUUAUUUACUAAUCAUGUCACUAAGGAAUAAAAUUGGAAUGCUGACGUUUGGUCUUCACGGCAAGACUCGCAUGUCUGACUCCCGCCUGCCGCGUGCGCACGUGCGUGCGCGGUCGGGUCCCGUGUACGAGAGCACGAUUUGUGUUAUGGAGCGCUUUAGGGCCCGACGGAGCCGCACGGCGAUCGAGUGUGUGCCACUACGGAAGCGUGCCCGGCUUGCCUAGGGAUGAGCCAUCGCAGACUAGUGAGUGUCAGAGCUGCCUCUUGUGGAGGCAGACUUCCUUGCCCUGUGCUCGAGAGGAAGUGCCGACUGCCUGCCCGGGAACGGCCCUCCAGUGCACCUGGACAGUCACGGUUUGUAGAGAUCCGUGAAGGGCACUGUCAAAGCCCUCCUUCCAGAGCGUUCCUGGGGGGCUCUGGGAUCCCCCCCCCCCCGCCCACCCUCAGGUAGUGUCCUCUGGUGCUGUGGGGCUCCCUCCAUCGAAAGCGCGGCUCAAACCACUGUUUUCUGCCAUCCUCAACGUUUUGGGCCCCCCCCUUGAUCUCUGGCUGGCUUGUCAGAAAUCCCUCAGACAGGGCAGCGCCCGGGGGCAUUGGAGGAGCGGGCGUGCCCUCGGGUGGUAUCCAGUGUGGAGGAAGGAAGCCUCUCCAUCAUGGCCUUGCGGUCCGCCCCCCAAGGCCAGCAGAGGCCCCGGCUCCUCCCAGGGUGGGACUCCAGGCCAGGACACAGCCUCCACAGCUAGCGCCCAUCCCACUGUGCCUCUCGCUCUAGUGAGCCGCCCUGUCGGGGUUCCGCGUGGCCGCAUGGCUUUCCGGGCUCUAUGAGGCCUGUGGCGGGCCCGGGGCCAGGCUCCCCGCCUCCAUGGAGAGGGUUGGGGCUCCCUUUGGGGCAGCGUCGGGAGGGAGGCAGUGCCACAAGCUGCUACUUCUCUGGACCUCUUUUUGUUUCCAUCAAUUGGCUGAUUUCGGCUGGUCGGUGAAGUCGCUUUUGAGCAGGACCCCAAACGCUGGUGCUGCGCUUAUGGGCUCGGCCAGAGGAAACCCAAGAGCGUAGGCGCCCGGGUUGUGCUGUAAGCAGGCAGAGCUCCGUGCUCCCAAGGGGGCCUCUGCGGCUGCCCUUCCUGGGGUGCCCCCCCCCUCCAGGAGAGCCUCCCUCCUCCCUCCAUUGAUGCCCUGCCGUGUACAUGAUGUAAGCCUUGUAAAUACGCUUCUACCCAGACUUGGGGCGCCCCACCAAUAAAACCCGUCUGGCUCCA